CAUGAUGACAAGCUCCUGUGAUGCUCUGCUGUGGUAGAACUAGAACUACAGAAGCUACAGAACUGCAUCUCUCCACUUGAGAAAAUUCAGAUUAAUCAGAAAGCUACAGAUCCAAGCAUUGUAAAACCUUCGAUUAUGCCUCUGCUUUUUUUUCCUCACUAACUUCAGAUCUUGUGACUGCUGGUGAUGUAGAAGAUAAUGAAUAAUAAUGGACAACAGUGAGAGAGAGGAGCAGGAAUUGAUUUCAGAAUGGCCAAUUACUACACAGGAAGUUCUUGGAAAGAAGUCAACAAAUACUACAAAAGUUAAAAAGAGGAAAUAUGAAGAAACUGCUCCAUUUCCUAAAUUAAUGAAAGCACACAAGUCAGAGGAACCUUUGGUAAAAAUUGCGGUGGCUAAAUGGUGGCGGAAACUGUCACAGGAAACCAAGAAUACCUACACUGAUGUUUUACCCAAGAGCAAUAAUUCUGAUACUCUGUUAGCAGCAAUAAUGAGACUGGAUGUAGCCCAAGACUUCAUGAAGACUGAAGUUAAGAGAAUGACAGACUGCCUGGAACACACUGGCCCUUGUUCUAACCUCCAUGCAGCUCUUGGUUCUUUUUAUGAAAAACUUCAAAAUUUUAGUGCUGCUGAAGAACACCUUGAGAAAGCUGUUUCUUUUGAUAAUGCAGCUGCAGAGUACAAAUGGCUUCUUGGGAAGAUUAAAAAGCAGGUCAGAGUUCAACAGGAGCAAAGGUCAGCCUUGAUGAGGCUUCCAUCCCUGUUAUCUGACUUGACAAUUCCAGUUUGUCUGAAAGUUGACAAAGUUUCAGCUUUAGACUUAACAGCAGAGAGAUUUUAUGGAGAUUACUCAUCAAAACACAGACCUGUCAUAAUCACAGAUAUCAAUGUUACUGACACUCCCUGGACUCUACAGUUCAUCAAAAGAUUUGCUGGGGACAUUGCUGUUACUUUGAAACAUUCAGUUAAGAAUUCUUGUGAGUGGGCCAGUCUUGAGAACAAAGAGAAGACAACUGUGUCAGACUAUAUAGACAGGAUAGAGAGUCCACCAGAGGGCGGGCCGUGUGAGGGGUACCUGUUUGACUGGAGUCUGCCCAUCCAUUGUCCAAGUCUUGUAGAGAAACUGAAGAUUCCUAGGUAUUUUGCUGGUGACUUUUUACAGAGGACCUCUGAGGGGAGUCUGUACAGGGACAGCUGGCCCAGUCUCUUUGUGGCCCCCGCAGGACUCUGUAGUGAGCUCCAUGUCGAUGCCUUCGGAUCUAACUUCUGGAUGGCAGUGUUCCAAGGAUCCAAGAGAUGGGUAUUUUACCCCCAGUCUGAUCUGGCCCUCCUUUACCCUCAGUACCCCAACGGUAUGGACCCUGUAUUUGAGGCAGACGUUACAAAUCCUGAUCUGAAAAAGCAGCCAUUGUUAAGUCUGACACAUCCCUCAGAAUGUGUCCUGUCUGCAGGAGAAGUUCUUUUUGUACCGGCAAGAUGUCCUCAUCGCGUGGAAAAUCUGACAUCAAGUGUCGCUAUUUCUGCCAACUUUGUGGAUGUGUCCAAUUGGAAAGCUGUCUUGGAGGAACUGGAAUUAAAUGCCAUCAUUGACCCCAGGUCUGGGGAUCUACUAGAACAGCUCAAGUCUGGUGCUUUUGAUAAAACAAUGAAAUUUUAUAACAAAGAAGUGCCAUGGUCAGAAUUUAAAAAACAGCAGAUUUCCAGUUAGGAGUAGGGCAUUGAUAUGAUUGUGUUUUAUGUUAAUAAGAGACAUAACAUUUGCUGGUUAAGAUAUUGCUCAUAUUAAAUGAUCAUACAAUAUUC